UCCAUAGCCCAGAUCGUGGUUCUGACCACGAGUGGCUGUGCGAUGACUUCCGGCUCGGAGUGACUACCAAUUAGUCAUCUCGCCCCACACUCCGUAUAAAACUCCCCUCUCUUCUCUAUGACAGUUUCAACUACUGUGCUCAUCGCUAACAAGCUGUCUCGCAUACCAACGUCACAUUCGCAGGAGGAACGCUUCCGCGCUCUAGACCGGAACCUGGCUAGAAGAUAUGUAGCGCUCCUUCUUCAUCAGGCCAGAAUGUCUGAAGCCAGGCGGUUGGGCGAUGGCGAGCUGCUCUACAGACCGAGGGUAGAAGUAUGUGACGAUCCGUCCUCGUCCCGCAUAACGGCGACGGUAGAGCUGCCUGGAGUAAAUGCGGAGGAAAUCAGUCUUCAGGUUGGCACAAACAGUACACUUCGUAUAUCAGGAGAACGAAAGAGGAGAACAUCCCAUACACCGGGAUCGGACGCCAAGUAUCCUCUUCAGGAAAUCAAAUAUGGCAAAUAUGAACGGGUCCUUCAGCUUCCGCAGGGAACGAUGUUGACUACGAUCUCCGCCGCCGUGGACAACGGGUUGCUUGUUCUCUCGUGGCCGCGAGUACCACCGAGCGCCACUACUAGUGGACCCACUAGUAGCAGGGUUGACGCUGCGGAAUCUUCUUGACACGUUUUACUGUUUAGGAUGAGCCGGCCUUCCUGGUUUGCUAUCGGCGGGGCUAUGUAUUCUUUAUAGGUUGCAGGGUUAAAAGCU